AUGGCGGCUUCGGUACAACCUGCAUGCUUAGACCUUCACUUCUCCGGGAAGCUUUCACCGCCACCGCUGCUUAAGCAGAACGCUAUCUUCGUCCGCUGCGUUUCUUCUCCGAAUUUCCCCGAACCCGACUCGCUCACUGACCCGCCUGAUAUCGUCAAUACUAACCGGGACCAGCGUAAAGUUGUUCGUAUCGCGUGGGAGAAGCUGGUUCGAUGGUCUCGUUCCUUGCGCGCCAAAGCCAAUACCGAUGUUCUCGAGCGCACUCGCAAGGUUGUUGUUCUUGGUGGAGGUUCGUUUGGUACGGCAAUGGCUGCGCAUGUAGCUAGACGGAAAGAAGGAUUGGAGGUUCACAUGCUUGUGCGCGACUCUUUCGUUUGCCAAUCUAUCAACGAGAACCAUCAUAAUUGUAAGUACUUUCCUGAGCACAAGUUGCCUGAGAAUGUGAUUGCCACAACUGAUGCGAAAUCUGCGUUGCUUAAUGCUGAUUACUGCCUCCAUGCCGUGCCUGUGCAGUUUAGCUCAUCGUUUCUAGAGGGAAUUUCGGGUUAUGUGGAUCCAGGAUUGCCUUUUAUAUCUCUUAGCAAAGGUCUCGAGCUUAAUACUCUUAGGAUGAUGUCUCAGAUCAUUCCCGCUGCGCUUAAGAAUCCCAGGCAACCUUUUGUUGCACUUUCUGGUCCAUCAUUUGCUCUGGAGUUGAUGAACAAUUUGCCCACUGCAAUGGUGGUUGCCUCGAAAGAUAAGAAAUUGGCCAAUGCUGUUCAGCAGCUUCUUGCUUCUAGUUACUUGAGGAUAAGUACUUCCAGUGAUGUUACAGGCGUGGAAAUUGCGGGUGCCCUGAAGAAUGUUCUCGCAAUAGCUGCAGGAAUUGUUGAUGGAAUGAAUCUCGGUAACAACUCUAUGGCUGCUCUUGUGUCACAAGGUUGUUCAGAGAUAAGAUGGUUAGCCACAAAGAUGGGUGCAAAGCCAACAACCAUAACCGGUUUAUCAGGAACUGGGGAUAUAAUGCUCACGUGUUUCGUGAAUCUUUCAAGAAACCGGACAGUUGGAGUCAGAUUAGGGUCAGGGGAGACGCUAGAGGACAUACUAGGCUCCAUGAAUCAGGUUGCAGAAGGUGUAGCAACCGCUGGGGCAGUAAUAGCAUUAGCACAGAAAUACAAUGUGAAGCUUCCGGUUUUGACAGCGGUAGCUAAGAUCAUAGAUAACGAGCUGACCCCGACGAAAGCUGUUCUUGAGCUCAUGAACCUUCCACAGGUUGAGGAAGUAUAA